AUGGCCGACCCGCUGUCGCCAGCGCUAUCACCUCUACCACCACCACCACCACCACCACCGCGGCCCUCGCGCAAGGGCAAGGAGCGCGAGACCGACUCCGCACCCGCACCCACCGACCUCGCCGCCAGGAUGAUCGCCUUCCAGAGACGCAACGCUACUGCAACGAAGCCGCGGGACAGGUCCGAGCGGCCCGCCCCGCCCCCGAAGGACGUCCCCGAGCGCGCCCAAGCGCCGCCCCCGCAGACGAGCACGAUCGGCGCCCGAUCGCCCGUGCUCUCCGUCCAGCAGCAGCCGCAGCCGCGCCGCCACCCGUCCAGCCCGCACCUCGCCGCGCUCUCCUCCUCCGACGCCGACGACUUCUCGAGGCGGCUCAAGAUCGGCGCCACCUCCGCCGCCGCCGUCGACCCGUACGCGCUCUCCUCGCGCAAGCACCCCCACCCCGACUCGGCGCGCAAGCUCUACAACCCGCACGCGGACCCGCCGAUCCCGACGCGGCACACCGCCGAGCCCGAGGCCAUCUCGGACGGCACCUCGAGCUCGUACGCCCCGCGCCACCCCCCGCACCCGCAACACCCGCGCUCGCCCAAACAGCCGGACCUCGGGCGCCCCAGCGCGCCCCGCCCGCUCUUCGACCCGCGCAAGGACGACCCCGUCCGGUUCGCCGUGCUCGCGCGCCCGGGCGGCAAGCCACCCGCCCCGACGCCCAAAUCGUCCGGCGACUGGCUCUCCGCCUCCUCCACCUCGUCCUACACGCCCUCCCUCGCCUCCUCCUCCUUCACCCUCUCCUCCGGCACCACCGCCUCCUCCUCCGCCAACUCGGCCCUCUUCGACUCGUCCGCGGGAGGAGGUGGAGGAGGUGGGGGAGGGUCCCGCCCGCCGCGCACGGACGAGAGCGGCGGGAGCAGCACGACGAACGCGUUCUCGGCGCAGCUGAAGCGGCUGUAUAGGGAGAUCACCGCGCUCGAGGCGCAGGUCAGGGCCGACGACGCGGCGGAGGUGGACGUGGCGCGCGUGAUCGUGAAGAAGGACCCCCAGGCCGAGGCCGAAAAGUGGAAGAAGGCGUCCGCCGCCCACAAGCGGCUUGCGGACAUGAUGCACAAUCUGCUCGAAGUGUCGCUCGACCCGAGCGUGCCCGCCUCGCUCCGCAAUAUACCCGUCAAAUACAACAUCAUCAACCGGCUGUGGUCGAUCGCCUUCCACAAGCACCUCGAGAACCUCCGCCGGGCCGCGUUCACGCAGCCGACGGACCCGGUCGCGUUCGAGCUCCUGCAAGAGUUCAUCUACUACGCGUACACGUUCUACACCUACCUCGUCGAGGAGCGCACGCUCGAAACGUUCAAGUCCAACUGGCUCGAGUGCCUCGGCGACCUCGCGCGGUACCGGAUGGCGGUCGCCGCGAUGGCGGGCGCCGUCGCGCUCCCGACGGGCGGCGGCGCGACGCUCGCGGCGAUACACCGCGCCGCGGCCGAUCUGGCGUCGCCCGCGCCGUCGACGAUCAAGUCGCCGAUCCCGAGCGUGUCGCAGCAGAAGGAGGUCGGGCGCAGCGCGGCGGCGGCGGCGGAGAAGGAGGAGGGAAGCCUGCGGUCGGCCCAGCCGGCGGCGCGGAUCGACGACAGCCCGGUGCCGAGCAUCGGGCUCGCGGCGGCUCGGGCGAUGGAGCUCGAGCCGGAGAAGGAGCGGUGGAGGACGAUCGCGAGGGAGUGGUUUAGCAAGGGCGUGGCGGCCACGCCUGGGGCGGGCAAGCUGCACCAUCAUCUGGGACUCUUGAGCAGGGACACGGAGGGCGAGGAGCUGAGGGCCGUUUAUCACUUCGUCAAGAGCAUGAUCGCUUUGCACCCAUUCCCGACCUCGCGCGAGUCGGUGCUGCCCGUGUGGAGCGUGGCGAACCAGACGCGGCGACAGGCGCCGGACGCGCGCGUGCCGGAGCUGUUCGUGCUCCUGCACGGGAUGCUGUUCACGAACGUGCAGCUGGACGACUUUGGGCCGACGCUCGCGCGGUUCAUGGAGCGGCUCGAGGUCGACGGCGCGGAGGAGCGGGAGUGGAUCAUGAUGGCGGUCGUGAACGUCGGCGCGGUGCUCGAGUACGGCAAGCCGCAGGGCCUGGUCCGGCGCGCGGUCGCGAACGCGAGCGGCAGCGCGGGCACGGUCGUGCUCGGCGGCGGCGGCGUGAACGGGCUCGCGCCGAGCGUGGCCAGGAUGCGGAUCGCGCCGAGGAAGGAGGACGAGAUGGACGUGGACGGCGAGGCGGCGCCGGUGCGGGUGCAGUCGAGCCCGACGAUGGAGGAGGCGGCGGCGGACGAGGAGGAGCGGGAGGAGCUCCCGCUCGCGUUGAGGCUCGCGCUCCAGCUCACGUUCGGCAUGUUCGCGUACGUGCUCGGGCGGCCGACGCGGAAGCCGUCGCCGUACGCGCGGAGCACGCUGAACCCGUACCUGACGGUGCUGCUCACGUUCCUCGCGACGGUCGCGCGCGACGCGGCGGCGCUGGCGAUCUUCGAGCGGGGCGUGCCGUGGGAGGCGCUCGCGGCGUUCUUGGGCACGGCCCCCCGCGGCGUCUUCGCGGACGGCAAGGUCGAGGGCGCGGCGAUGCUGAGCAGCGGGGCGAGCCCGCUCGACGAAGAUUGGAGCCUGCGCGGGAUGGAGUGGGUCGGCCGGCGGCUGUACGAGCGCGGGUUUUGGAAGGGAGGGGAGGAGCGGCAUAUGGAGCUCGAGGUGCUGGAGAAGAGCGAGGCGGGCGUCGAGGCCGUUACGGACGGGAUCAUCGAGGACGACGAGGAGGGCGAGGGCGGCGCGAGGGAGAGAGGCGCGAGCGCUGGGCGGUGGGUUCGUGUGGCCAGGGCCGGCGCGGCGCUGAGCAAAGUCGUGGACGGGUUCGUGUGGGCGCCGGGAACGAGGGAGUGGCGGGUGGAGACGCCGUUGACGGAGAAGAUUGGAAGGUGGAAGGAAGAGGAGAGGAGAGAGAGAGAGGAGGAGGAGAGGAGGAGGCGCGGGACGCGCUGGGGCGACGAUUCGAUGGAAGUGGACGAGGAUGGGCAGGUGGACGAUGACGAGGACGAGGAGGAUGAGAACGACAGCGACGAGGUGAAGGCGCUCAAGGCUCGUCGACGAUACCUGCAGAGUUUAUUGCAGGAGGGCCGACGGGAGCCGACAAUGUCGCGGUCGUCGACGCGGAGCAGCCUCAAAAACGCUACCGCCACCGGGCCAUCGCUCAAGAUCGUUGCCGGGUAUACUGCGCUCGUCAUCGACACCAACAUCCUAUUGUCCUCGUUAUCGAUGUUCGCAUCGCUCGUCGAGAGCCUCAUGUGGACGGUCGUGGUGCCGCUCCCGGUCGUCAUGGAGCUGGAGGGUCUUUCGUCGAAUCAGUCCAAGCUCGGCGAAGCCGCAUCCGCCGCGAUGGCAUACAUCACUUCGCACAUACGCACGCACGCCCUCUCGCUCAAGAUCCAGACGUCGAAGGGCAAUUAUCUCCCGAAUAUCAACGUACGGACAGAGGAGGUCGACUUCACUGACGAGGCGUCAUGGGAGCGCAGCAUGGAUGAUCUCAUCCUCCGCGCCGCGGUGUGGCAGGACGAGCACUGGGUGGACCGCUCCGACCUGCUCAAGGUCCACGGGACGCCGGACAAAACGGGCGCCGCAAAGGUCGUACUGCUGAGCUUCGACCGAAAUUUGCGUUUGAAGGCUCGAUCGCGCCAGCUGGCCGCAGCGAACGAAAGGGACCUCGCGGCCGUGCUCGCGUCCGCGACGUAA